AUUCAAUUCAUCCAUUGAAUUCAUUUAUUCACAUUCAGUUUCAUUCUCAUUUGGGUUGUUCAUUCAAUGAAGAUCACUGACAAGAUUGCACAGAAGCAGGCCGAGGGCAAGCCCUUCUACUCGUUCGAAUACUUUCCUCCAAAAACUGCACAGGGUCUAUCCAAUUUGUAUGAUCGUAUUGGACGCAUGCAAGCAUUGUCACCCAUGUUUGUGACUUGCACAUGGGGUGCUGGAGGCUCUACAUUUGAAAAGACCACGGAGCUGACUGCGGUAGCACAGACUGUCCACGGACUUGAUACAUGCAUGCAUCUGACCUGUACCAACAUGGACCGUGGCAAAGUGGACGAAGCAUUGGCUGAGGCCAAGAGGAAUGGGAUCCAAAAUAUCCUGGCUCUUCGAGGCGAUCCACCGCGAGGACAGGAAUAUUGGACACAGGUGGAUGAUACAUUUGUACAUGCCAUUGACCUUGUUCGGUAUAUCCGGCAACAAUAUGGGGAUUACUUUUGCAUCGGAGUAGCAGGUUAUCCUGAGGGACACAUGGAUAAUACAACAUUUAGCAGUGAAGAGGAAAUCGGAUUUUUAAAACAAAAGAUCGAGGCAGGAGCAGACUUUGUGUUGACACAGUUGUUCUAUGAUGUGGACGGGUUCUUGGCUUGGGAAAAACAGUGUCGAUCUCUUGGGAUCACAUGUCCUAUCAUCCCUGGUAUCAUGCCCAUUCAAUCCUACAACGGUUUCAGAAGAAUCACUAGUCUGGCAAAAGUCCGUAUCCCCACCGAAGUUGCUCAGGCCUUGGAUCCUAUCAAGAAUGACGACCAAAAAGUCAAGGACUAUGGCGUUGAGUUGGCAGCUUCAAUUAUUGAACGUUUGUUGAAUGCGGGCAUUUCAGGCUUUCAUAUUUGUACACUCAAUCUGGAAAAAUCUGUUCGUCUCAUCCUUGAGCGUAUCGGACUCGUCCCCAAAGCGUCGACAUGGAAGCAACAGCAACAACAUCUCACCAAUGAGCCAACACAUGUCAAUAUUAACUCCCAGGAAGGUCCUAUAGUAGGCAUCGACAGCACAGACGCUAAUUUGAACCCAAUGAUCUGGACACCAACAAAGGAUCUCACCGGACGCUCGGAAUCGUGGGAUGAUUUCCCUAAUGGCCGUUGGGGAGAUGCUCGUUCGCCAGCUUUUGGUGAUCUGGAUGGAUACGGCGCAUCUUUGAAAGUGGAGCCACGAAAGGCACUCGAGAUGUGGAAGGAACCCAAGAAUACAGAGGACAUCAGUCAGUUGUUUGUUCAGUUUAUUCAGGGAAAAAUUCCCUUGUUGCCUUGGUCGGAGGGGUCACCAUUGCCAGAGACCGAGGCAAUUCAAUCCCGAUUGGUGGCUUGUAACGAGCGCGGAUUAUGGACUGUCGGAUCACAGCCUGCUGUCAAUGGCAAACCAAGCACGGACCCUUUGUUUGGAUGGGGUCCCAAGGGAGGUUAUGUUUAUCAAAAGGCGUUUUUGGAAUUGUUUGUUGGGCCCAAUGAAGUUGAGGGAAUCGUCCAAAGGCUGAGGACAGUCUCACCCUGGAUCACAUUCUUUGCAGCCAGUCGCGAUGGUGAAGUGCUGACCAACACCACAGGGGAUGAUUCAAAUGCAGUGACCUGGGGUGUGUUCCCAGGCAAGGAAAUCAUCCAACCUACAGUGAUUGAGAAGGUUUCUUUCCUGGCCUGGCGCGAUGAAGCAUUCGAGAUCUGGCGUGAGUGGGAACAACUGUACCCAAAGGGAUCAGAGUCACGGAAGCUGUUACAUCAGAUUGGACACGAUUACUGGCUCUUGAAUGUGGUUCAUAAUGAUUUCCGGGAUGAGAACGGUAUCUGGGAUAUUAUCCUCUCAUAA